AAAUUUGUGGUGGGUUGUAUCUUCCCAGGGUUUAGCGAACAUGUUGUAAGAUUAAUUUGAGAACCACAAGAUGUAUCAUAGGCAAUUAGGGAGCAUGCUUGUAUUCUCUGUCCAGUAGUUGAUGCAGUUGCGAGGGAUAUCUAUUUGAAUGCGUUUCACGGUUGCAUGCUCAUCACAGCGGAGGCUUUGAUAAACUAACUAGGCUAACUGAUGGACAGGUGUUGCUAAAUUGUAAUUUGCUGUAGUGGGACCUCGGAGAACAUCAUUUUGAAAUAUGCCACGUCUUUAUAAUAUUUGACUGAAUGACUGAGUGAUGGCGUUCCUGCUUCGGGCUCUAGUGCUACCUGUCUUCCUGUCCUCGGUGCCCUGGGUGGCAGGGUCAACGUUCACCCUGCUGCUGUCCUUGCCCAACACCUCCAUGCCCUUCAGUGUUGGCAGGAUCGGGGCGGGCGCCCUCAUCGCCAUCGACGCCGUGAACCAGAGUCCCGAUCUGUUGGCAGGUCAUUGGCUGGAGCAUGAAUACGUGGAUGAUGAGUGCAGCGACGUGAACGGCCCGGGGAAGAUAGUGGAGCUACUGCAUAGACGGAACUACAGCGCUUUCAUCGGCCCCGCCUGCUCCGACGUGUGUGCGAUCACUGCCAAGCUGGCAGCUUUCUGGAACAUUCCCGUCGUCAGUCCCACCUGCGCAGACCAGCAAUUUCUCAUCAAAAAGGCUUACCCCACUCUUACCAGAGUGUUUGGCCCCUUCACCAAGAUGGGCUCGUUCUUUGUGAAGAUCUGUGAGAAGUUUGGCUGGAGACGUAUAAGCAUUAUCUACGACCACAGACCUGCCUGGAUCAUCCCAGCUGAGGGAAUCAGGUACCAAGCUGAAGUCAGUAACAUCACUGUGGCUAAAUACCUGGCAUUUCAAACACCUCUCGGGCAAGACAACACUCACACAUCCCUCACACAAGCACGUAUGCUACAGGAGGUUGCCGAGGUGUCUCGCAUCAUAGUGAUCUCAGCGCGUGGGGAGGUGGUCAGGGACUUCCUGGUCGAGGCCCACAGGAGAGGCCUCACCACAGGGGACUACAUCUUCUUCUGCUUCGAGCCCUACAGGCUGGAGGAGAUGUUUGGCAACUUUGACUGGAAAAGAGGAGAUGUGGAUGACUCCGUGGCUAAGCAGGCCUACCAGGCUCUGUUUCUACUCUCUCUGUACAAACCCAACGACCAGAGGUACUGGAACUUCUCCAAUGACGUGAUCCGCAGAUCCAGAGAGGACUUUGGCUAUGCCUACGCACCCAACGAAAAGGUGUCGGUGCUGGCAGCCAUAGCCCAUGACUCUGUAUGGCUGUAUGCUCAGGCUCUGAAUGAAACCCUGGCGGAACGAGGGGACCCAUACGACGGAUUCACCAUAACCCGCAAGAUGUGGAACCGAACCAUCACAGGUAUCCAGGGUGACGUUACCAUGGACGCCAAUGGAGACAGGGAGUCUGCCUAUAUGAUGAAGCACUUCCAGGGCGGAGAGAACGACAGGGAGUUCAAAGUAAUCGCCAAUUACUUUGGUACGAAUAAGGCUUAUGAGCCAGUGGAGGGGGUCCAAGUCUACUGGCCAGGAGGGAGGAAGACUCCACCGAAGGACACACCCCACUUUGGCUUCAAAGAUGAGCUCUUCAUCAAUAUCGAGAAGAGGUUUGCGAUAGCUGUGGGGACCAUUGCUGUUUUCCUGGCCACCGGGACACUUAUCAUAUGUCUUCUCUACAGGAAACACAUCAUCCGGAAGAAGGUGUCUGUGGUCCUAUGGAGGGUUAGCCCCGGUGAUGUCACCAUGAUGGGGAACAGCUCGUCCUCGGCAGGAAAGGUAGCGUACCUCAACUCCAAGUCCAUCGAUGCUUCUCUGGAGUCCAUCCUGGGAAAUAUGAAGGACAAACCAUCCUCCCACAGAACAGCUGUCUAUAAAGAGAACAUCUGUUCAGUGCGACUGCUGAAUGUGAAGAGUGUGUGUCUGAACAGAGAGCUGCUCACUGAACUGAACCAGUGUAGAGAUUUGAGCCACCCAAACAUCUGCAGCGUCAUUGGUGCUUGUCUGGAACCUCCACAGUUCUUUCUGCUGACUGAGUACUGUCCUAAAGGGAGCCUGCAGGACAUUUUGAAGAAUGGUUCCAUUAAGCUUCACUGGAGCUUCAAGUUCUCCCUGAUGCUGGACAUUGUCAAGGGGAUGGAUUACCUGCACCGCAGCCCCCUGCGCUCCCAUGGUCACCUGUCGUCAUCUAACUGUGUGGUGGAUAGUCGCUUCGUCCUAAAGGUGACCGACCAUGGCCUCAGUCUCCUCAGAAGACCCCCCGGCCAGGAAGAGGAGGGCUGGUCUAAAAAACACUGGACAUCCUUGCUGUGGAGGGCCCCGGAACUGCUGAGGGACAGCAUGCCCUCCUCUGGCACCCAGAAGGGGGAUGUCUACAGUUUUGGCAUUAUUGUUCAGGAGGUGGUGUACCGCAGGGGCCCUUUCCAUAUCCCCAACAGCAACCUCGAGGCAAGAGACAUAGUGGAGAGGGUCAAGGCCGGGGUGUGUGUGGAGGGCGGAGGUAGCCCCCUCAGGCCCCACACGGACAGGGCAGAGUGUCCAGAGGGUGUGGAGGCUCUGAUGGGGGCGUGCUGGAGUGAGAGGCCCAGUGACCGACCAGACUUCUCCUCCCUCAGAGUGACUGUAAAGAGACUCUGCCCCAGCUGCGUGGGCGAGAACAUUCUGGAUGACCUGCUGUCCCGCAUGGAGCAGUAUGCCACCAACCUGGAGGAGGUGGUCAGCGAGCGCACUGCCCAGCUCCUGGAGGAGAAGAGGAGGGCCGAGGGCCUCCUCACCCAGAUGUUGCCACGAUUUGGAUUCUGUAUUUAUAGAUCGGUGGCUGUCCAGCUGAUUGCUGGGAAGACGGUGCGGGCGGAAACCUACGACUCUGUCACCAUCUAUUUCAGUGACAUCGAAGGAUUCACCUCCAUGUCGGCCAGUCUCACGCCAAUGCAGGUGGUGAACGUGCUGAAUGACCUGUACACGUACUUUGACAAUAUCAUCGACCACCACGAUGUUUACAAGGUGGAGACCAUUGGCGACGCGUACAUGGUGGUAUCUGGCCUGCCCAUUCGAAACGGGGACGACCAUGCGAAGGAGAUCGCCCGCAUGUCUCUGGCAGUGGUGCGGGGCAUGAGACAGUACAACAGUCCACACGUGCCCCAGCAGCAGCUCAAAGUCCGCAUUGGACUCCACUCAGGUCCAUGUGUGGCUGGUGUAGUGGGACUGAAGAUGCCCCGGUUCUGUUUGUUCGGAGACACAGUUAACACUGCCUCGCGGAUGGAGUCGCAUGGCUCACCAUUGAAGAUCCAUGUGAGCAGCUCCACUAAAGCUCUCCUGGACACAUUUAGGACGUUCCGCUGUGAGCUGAGAGGAGACAUCCACAUGAAGGGGAAGGGGCUUGUGAGGACAUUCUGGCUUUUGGGAGAAGACCAAUGAAAAUGUUAUGUUUUCAGUAAUUUGAUUUGGUCCGUCUCUCAGGAGGAAAGAUCAAAUCUUAAAAAAAAAAAAAAUCUGAUAUACAGUUGAUGUCGGAAGUUUAUGUACACUUAGGUUGGAGUCAUUAAAACUCGUUAUUCAACCACUCCACAAACUUCUUGUUAACAAACUGUAGUUUUGGCAAGUCGGUUAGGACAUCUACUUUGUGCAUGACACAAGUCAUUUUUCCAACAAAUGUUCACAAACAGAUUAUUUCACUUAUAAUUCACUGUAUCACAAUUCCAGUGGGUCAGAAGUUUACAUACACUAAGUUGACUGUGCCUUUAAACAGCUUGGAAAAUUCCAGAAAAUUAUGUCAUGGCUUUCGAAGCUUCUGAUAGGCCAAUUUGAGUCAAUUGGAGGUGUACCUGUGGAUGUAUUUCAAGGUCUACCUUCAAACUCAGUGCCUCUGCUUGACAUCCUGGGAAAAUCAAAGAAAUCAGCCAAGACCUCCACAAGUCUGGUUCAUCCUUGGGAGCAAUUUCCAAACGCCUGAAGGUACCACAUUCAUCUGUACAAACAAUAGUACACAAGUAUAAACACCAUGGGACCAAGCAGCUGUCAUACCGAUCAGGAAGGAGACGCGUUCUGCCUCCUAGAUAUGAACAUACUUUGGUGUGAAAAGUGCAAGUCAAUCCCAGAACAACAGAAAAGGACCUUGUGAAUAUGCUGGAGGAAACAGGUACAAAAGUAUCUAUUUCCACAGUAAUACAAUUCCUAUAUCGACAUAACCUGAAAGGCCGCUCAGCAACGAAGAAGCCACUGCUCCAAAACAACCAUAAAAAAGCCAGACUACAGUUUGCAACUGCACAUGGGGACAAAGAUUGUACUUUUUGGAGAAAUGUCCUCUGGUCUGAUGAAACAAAAUUGGAACUGUUUGGCCAUAAUGAGCAUCAUGAUGUUUGGAGAAAAAAAGAGGGAGGCUUGCAAGCCGAAGAACACCAUCCCUACCUUGAAUCACAUGGGUGGCAGCAUCAUGUUGUGGGGGUGCUUUGCUGCAGGAGGGACUGGUGCACUUCACAAAAUAGAUAGCAUCAUGACGAAGGAAAAUUAUGUGGAUAUAUUGAAGCAACAUCUCCAGACAUCAGUCAGGAAGUUAAAGGUUGGUCGCAAAUGGCUCUUCCAAAUGGACAAUGACCCCAAGCAUACUUCCAAAGUUGUGGUAAAAUGGCUUAAGGACAACAAAGUCAAGGUAUUGGAGUGGCCAUCACAAAGCCCUGACCUACAAACCUGACUCAGUUACACCAGCUCUGUCAGGAGGAAUGGGCCAAACUUCACCCAACUUAUUGUGGGAAGCUUGUGGAAGGCUACCUGAAACGUUUGACCCAAGUUAAGCAAUUUAAAGGGAAUGCUACCAAAUACUAAUUGAGUGUAUGUAAACUUCUGACCCACUGGGAAUGUGAUGAAAAAAAAAAAGCUGAAAUAAAUCAUUUUCUCUACUAUUAUUUUCAAAUGGUGAUCCUAAACAGGGAAUUUUAACUCGGAUUAAAUGUCAGGAAUUGUGAAAAACGGAGUUUAAAUGUAGUUGGCUAAGGUGUAUGUAAACUUCCAACUUCGACUGUGUUUGUAUGUACUGCAGCUUAUUUCCAUACAUUUAUUUUGUGGUUGCAAUUUGUAGUUUGAGUGCAAUGUCAAGGAUCACUGAGCAAAUGCUUAUUCUUUGAAAAACAGAUGUAAUAUCAACGCCAUCACCGUUCCGACUCUUGGAUGUUGUGUAAUGUACAGCAUUUUCUCUACCUUUAUGUUUCUUAUUUAUUGGUUCACCUUUAAAGAGCCAGCUCUAUUCACUAGAGUUGUUAUAUAUUUCAACAUUAUUUUAUAUACAGUAUAUCUUCAAAAUCACUAUAUAUAUAUAUAUAUGUUUCACAAAUGAUUGAUGUGUGAGACUCUAGUAGAGUGGAACAUAUCUGUCAUGUUAUGUGAUCCACUACAUUUCUCACAACAUUUCUUUGUUAAGAACCAAUUUGGAUAGAUUACGCAACUAAUGAAGCUCUUUUAUUGAGCAGUGAUAAUGGUAAUUUCACUCUGUACCAGAGAGAUAAGCCAGUUCGGCUUAGUCCACUUCCUAAACGGGUGCAGCCUGUGUCAGCACAUUUUAAUGGAAAACAUUGUUUAUCAUUGUUUUGACUCAGUGGCAGAUCGUUUAAGGAGAGAUCAAUCGUUAGGACUAAAUUAGACUUGACACAAACAGGCCAUUCAGGCUAUUGACCGAAAUCACACACACAGACACACACACGCACACUCACUCCCCUACUCCUCUAUCAAGUACCUACCUAGGACCAGCUUGAUCAUUAGGGCCACCGCUAAAAGCUCUGGAGAGUGCAGUCUCUUAAUUAUCGCCUUGAAAUGGCUUUGAAGAUUGGAUCUUAAUGUUGCUUCAAAUUACAGUUGUUGAAAUGAACUUCUUUUGAUGCAACGUUCUUCUUGGCCUUCGCCUUCGGCAAAACAAAAUAAAGGACUUUGGUCCUGUCCCAUGUCAUUUUGGUUUCUGUCAACGGUGUGUCAUCUGAUCAUGCAUCACCUUUCAAGACUCGUGAUUUCCCAGGAAGCGAGUAACUGACAACAAAAUGAAUCAAUUUAUUCAAGAAGAUCAAGGAGAAAUGUAAACUGAUCAGCCAGGAGGUUUUGAGCUUGCCAAUAGUUAGAGAGUGCAUACCAGGAAAACAACAAUUAGAAAUGGCAUGCACUGUGAAAGGGAAUAUAGUGCCGUUUGGAACACAGACAUAGUCCUACUGAUGCAACUAAACUCAUAAGUCAGCGUUUCCAAAACUUGGUCCUGGGUACCGCAAGGGGUGCACCUUUUAGUGAGGGAGGAGGGACAAAAGAGAGACAGAUAAAGGUUAAAACCCUUACAAAAAUGACUCAUAACAGAUGGCUUUAAAGGUUGCUCUGCAUGCUUGAAGAUUGUCCAUUGAAAAGGUGAUCCUAGUGUGUCAUAGUUUAAGGUUCUUUUAUUGAUCUAAAAUGCCAGGCUUUGUAUUUCUUAAAGCACUACGUUCACCCUCAGUGUGACUAUUUAAAGGUGGCCCACUUGGACAGUUUUCUUUCUUGUCUACUGUUAUGGUCUAGUCUAGUCAGGUCUCAAACCUUUAUUAAGCAGUUCCCCCAGAUAUUUUUGAUAAAUGUUUUAUUUAACAUGAACCUUUAUUAAACAUUUACCCCCCUUCAA